AUGGGGCCUCUAGCAUGGACAGUGUUCUUGUGCAUCGUCUGCAGUGCUAGAUCGGGUGGCGCGAUUUAUAACGAAACUGCUUCUGCUACACCAACUAUUGGUAGCUUCUCUGGAUAUGCUUUCGAGAUGCUCAUGGCAAAGCUAGACUACAUGCAGCACAGUGUUCUGGAACUACAGACCGAAUGGGUCAAGCACCGGGAAGAGGCUACGCAAAAUCAAAACGACAUCAUCCAAUCGAUGCGUCGAUGGGAGGAUGAUGUUGGACGCAACUUUACUCUCCUACAGGAACGAUCAUGGCAGACCUUGACGCAAAUACUUACGCGUGUUACAACGAAGACCAAUCCUCUUUCAUAUGUGCCCUAUCGCUCGUGCAGUGACAUUCAGAAUGCACAGUCUGGGGUAUAUAUUAUCCAGGCGAACGAUGAAAGCAACCCUUUUAUUGCGUACUGUCAGAGGGAUAUGAUGGGUAAAGGCAUCUGGUUGGUGAUACAGCACCGAUUCGACGGAUCGCUAAACUUCUAUCGCAACUGGACCGAGUAUCGGGAUGGUUUCGGUAACAUUGAGAAGGAGUUCUGGAUCGGACUGGAACGACUAUAUCAGCUGACAUCAGGGCGACCCCAUGAACUGAUGGUUGAGCUGAGAGACUUUAAGGGAAAUUAUAGCUUUGCAUUCUACGCAGCAUUCGAGAUCGGCAGUGAAGCCGAACAAUACAAUCUGAAAACACUUGGAGCAUACAACGGAACUGCAAGGGAUUCUCUGUCAAGUCACAAGAAUAUGAAAUUCUCGACGUACGAUCGUGAUAAUGAUGUAUGGAAGGAAGUAAAUUGUGCUGUAAGAUUUGAGGGAGCCUGGUGGUACAACGGCUGCUAUCGCACCAAUUUGAACGGGCCAUACAAGAAUAUAGUAGAUGAUAGAUCGAUGAACUGGUACGACUUCAGCAAUUCCCAUGAAGGACUUAGCUUUUCAAGAAUGAUGAUCCGACCAAAAUGA